GAGAUGGAGCCAACAGCUAAGGGAAGGACAGAAAAAAACUUCAGCUAUGUCAUCAGAGCGCCCAGCAGCGACGGGUCCGAUAUAGUGAAGGUUGAUGUGAAGGUUGACACGUCCUGGGUGUUCCGGGACGUGGAAGAUAGCAGUGAGGAGCCGGGACGUCUUCCGGAAGCAGCAGCCAGUAGCCCUGAUGUGGACACAGGAACACUCAGGAAGCAGCUGGAAUCCUCCGAACAGAAGCUGCUGGCAGCGGUGGACAAGCACAUGAGGUCGGAAUCCGCGCUGAGGAGCAGGAUCCAGGAGCUGGAGCUGUCGGAGAAGCAGCUCCUCGGGAAGGUGGCCCAGCUGAGCGCCCGCGUGGCCCAGGAGAGAAGCGCCUGGCUCCGGGCCCAGGAGAAGCUGGCGGCGCUGCAGGGGGACCUGGCCAGCCGGGUGCGGGAGGAGAGCGUGGCCCGGCGGCGGCUGCGGCGCAAGGACGAGGCGCUGGGGCGGCAGGCGGCGGCCCUGCAGGGCUGCCGGCGGGUCCAGCGGCGCCAGCGGGGCCUCGUGCGCGAGCAGGAGCGCGUCCUGCGGGCGCAGGUGCAGCGGCUGGAGCGCGACGCGCAGCGCCUGUGCCGCGCCGCCGGCCUCCUGCUGGCCCGGCUGGACGCCGCGGGCCCGGGUCCCCAGGGCGCCCUGCGGGCGAGGGCCGAGCGCGAGCGGGAGGAGGCGGCGCGCCGGCUGCGGGAGCAGAGGGCCACGGAGCGCUGGCUGUGCGGGCAGCUGGAGGAGCUGCGCUGCUGCGUGUACGGGCUGACGCUGUCGGAGAUCGGCCUGCUGGCGCAGCUGGAGGACCUCGCGCAGCAGAACCGCGGCCUGCGACGGGAGCUGGGAGCCCAGGCGCCUGCUGGUCACUGCAGCCGGGACGCGCCGGGCUGUGUUCAGGGCGCCGCACUGCACCUUCCCAGGGAGGAGGCGCCAGAGGCCUGCAGAGGCCAAGGCUGGGGAACCCGCCUCCCGUCCGGUGAUGGCCCCGGACCAGAGGCCUCCGCAGGCCAGCCCUCAGAGGGGCCCUGCGGCUGGGGCUGUGUCGACGCUGGACGAGGCUCUUCUGUUUCGGUGCCAGGCCCGGAGGCCACUGGCAAGCUCCUGGGAGACCUGGCAGGAUCUGACUGCGAACCGCUUACUCUAGCUGCGCCCAGCUUGGAUGAACAGAUUCUUGUCCUCAUGUGUGGCCGCUCACCAGGGCAGUGCUUGGACGGGUCACUCCUCCCUGUGGACCUGGCCAGAAUUUCAGAGAGUCUCGCAGCCGCCCCUGCCCGGGAGUCCUCUCUCCUGGUACAGACGUGCACACUCCCUCCCUGGGGGCUGGCUGGGGACUCUGCUCUCCAGCGGCUGCUGCUGCUCCCAGAGGCUCCCCCGGAAGAACCCCAAACCCCAGAGGUGGCGGACACCAGACCCCCACCUGCUACCAGAGCCUCAGGGCACCCCGGCGGGGACUGUCACCAAGCAAGGAGCAAUCCCUCCCUCUGCCAGAAAGCCCCAUGCAUUUUAAAUCACCGACUUCCCAGGAAAGGGCCCAGGGAUCUAAAAGACACUCGGAAUGAGGGUGGAGGGGCCCCAGGGGGGAGAACCAAGGAAGGGGAGGCGAGCAGGACUUUGGGCAAGAAGGAGGAAGACCUCGGGGACAAGUGCCAGCUGAGUCAGGAAAGCCGUGAGCGCCUGAGCUUGGAGAACGGGGUUCGGGCCUCAGAAGGCCCGCGGGACGAGGAGGAGGCUGCGCAGAGCCAGGCUGCUGCCAGCUGCCCUGGGCCUCCACGGGAGUUUCCAGUGCUGCUUCUGCAGCGGGGAGGCCCUGCGUCAAAGGAGGGGCCCGAAGCCCUGAGCGGGAGAGGAAGGGUGGAAGGAUGUGUCUGGGGCCUCCUUGGGGGGCUGCCGUCAGAGGAGGAGGAAGGGGUCCCCCCAGCCACCUUCUCCAGGGCCCAUGGGACCAAAGAGUUCUGGCCAGCAAGUGGCCAGCUCCUGGCAGGGAGGGGCAGAGUCACAGGCAGGGAGGACACCCUGCUGUGGUUUGGGGAGGCGCUGCUCCUGCGAGCAGAAAGCCCUGGGGAGGGAGGCCAGGGAGAGGAGGAGGAGGAGGUGCUACAUCAAGAAGCAUCCAGUCUUGGUCACAGGGACGUCCCUGAGAAGCCUGACUCUGGGGAACGUGAGGGCAACAAGACGCUUUUCUCUGUGGGAGAGAGAGGUUUGCUGCACGGAUGGGCCCCACCAGGUGGUGGGGGUGACCCCACCAGCAGUCCCUGGGCUCUGAGCAAAGGACGUGACAGGUACACUCUCAAAAUAGACGAAUUUGCAGAGGAGAUGGAGGCCUGCUUCCGGCAGCUCUCCCGCCUGAGGCCUGGCGGAGGGCGCCGGAGGACCGGCCCUGCGCUGGCAGGAGAGAACUGGAGAUUUGCUCGGAGGUGGCCCAGCUCCGGGGAGAGCGAUGACUCUCAGCAGGUUUGGGGACACCAGGGUCUGGGCAUUUGUUCUGUCGAGGAAGCAAAGGCCAGAGAGAGUGGUGACAGUGUUAAACUGGCAAAGACCACGGCGCUGGGCACCAGCCAAGACCUUCCAGGGGUGCUGCCUGGCUGGGGCGAGGCCAGCCCGGGCCCUGCAGACGGCCCCGCGGAGCCGCUGGGAGACAUCCAGAGAGUGAGGAGCAGGUGCCAGCAGCUCGUGUCUGGACUGCAGGAAGAGAGAAGCCAGGCUUUCCGUGACAACGCCAAACUCCAGGGAGACCAAGACAGAUGCCACACGAGAGUGUGUGCCCUUGCAAAAGAGAGAGAGAGAGAGGCGACGACAAUAUCCAGGCUGGAGCGGGAUAACGAGACGCUGGUAGGAAACCUCUCUCACCUGAAGAAGGAACUGGACCAACACGUGCAGGUCAUUGCUCUCCUGGAAGACUGCAAUGGAAAGAGUUACAGCAAAAUUUCUGAACUCGAGGAGGAAAAUGAAAACCUGAAAGGGAACCUGCGCCGACUCCAGGAGGCCAUGUCCGAGAGCGCGAGGACAGCUGAAGGCCUGAUGGAGCGCGUCACCCUGGAAAACUGGGAGCUCAAGGCGCUGAUUUCGGAGCUCGGGGCCAGUUGUAAAGACCUGGUGAAGGAGAUAGCGCUGGGAAGGGAAGGCGUGGUCCGCGACUUCCGGGGGCAGGAGGAGCGCAGGGCCCGCGCGCUGGAGACGGAGGUCACCUCCCAGGGGGGCACGGACCUGAGAGCAGGGGGCCGCCUCCCAGGGAAAGCCCAGCUGCUCACUGUGGACAAAGAGGUUCAGGUGACUCCUCUGUCAGGGCCCCCCUUGGAGGAGGGAACGGGUCCGACUGGAAGGCAGACGGGGCCUCGCUUAGGUGUGGAGAAUUCCAGAUGCGGCGCUCGUCCUCCAUCCCUGGUCCGCAGAAACGCGGCGGUAGCGGACGCCCUGCAAGGAAGUGUCAGCAGAGCGGGAGAGAAAGAAGCACAUUUGGAAAAAGAGGAGACAAGGUCGCGGUCGUCUGCGGCUGGAGGACGAGCUCGGAGGUCCCUGAGCGACGGCCCCCAGCUGAAAGAUGCUCGUGCCGAGGCUGCUGAGGAAGACCCCAGGCUGCAUGCCCAGCGGCUCCACCACCAGGUGCUGACCCUGCAGUGCCAGCUCAGGGACCAGGCAGCCACUCACCGGGAGCUGCAGGCGUCUCGGGACCGCGCGCUCUUCCUCCAGGAGGAGCUCAAGGGCAAGCUUGAAGAACUGCAGAGAAAGCAACACGAGGCACAUUUGGCCGUGACUCCUCUGAAGGCCAGGAUUGCUUCCCUGGUCCAGAAGUGCCGGCAGAGGAGUGGGCUGGUCGCUCACCUGCUGCGGGAGCUGCACAGGCACGCGCCGGCCAAUGUCCCGCUCUCCGAGCUGGCGCAGAACACGGUGACCGACGUGGCGCUGGCCCAGUACGCGGCCACCUUCCUGGCUUCGGGAGUCCCAGAGACAAGCCACCGCCUGGACAUCGAGUCUGAGAUGCCCAUGGUGCUGAGAGCUCAGAGACGUCUCUUGAACCCUGGAGAGGACGGCGACCUCCGAAGCCCACUGUGGCCAGAGUCCUGGCCUGUUUCCCAGGCCGAGUGGCCAGCACAGACAGCCCAACUGGAUUCUCUGAAGCUUCCCCUGCCAUCGGGGCCCACACUUGAUCCUGGACUGUGCCUGGCAGCGAUCACUGUGGAACCAGGACCCUCUGCACAGCAGCUGCAAGACAAAGGCAGAAUGCCCGGCCCUGGCCUCCAAGCCGACAGCCCUGCAGCUCCCGCCGAGCUCCUGAGCCCGGGGAGGAUCCUGGCGUUUCACCAAGAGCUUAGACAAAGCGUUCGCGGCCAUUCCCAGGUCAAUAAAUCACCGCUGGAGUUAUAA